GGAGACGAAGUCGCGGCGUUUCUGGCGAAGCGCGUUCCGUCGCGCGCCCUCCGCGUGCAUGAAGAAGACGAAGCGAAGCGGAAUCCGUCGCGCCGAUCAACUCGACGUACUCCGAGCAGCGACCAUGUCCGAGAAGGCCUCUCGCCAAGGUCGCGUAAGAGGUCCGAAGAAGCUUGACUCCCGGCCCGAGCAUCCGCCGGCCACCGCCAGCGACUUCGAGCUAGACGGCGGUGGUCCCUCCAGCGACCGCGACUCGGACCAAGCUUCGCGAACGAGCAACCUCACCCGAACAGCGCAGCAGGUCGCCAAGCCGCCGCGACUGCGCCGAAGGCGGUCUAGCGCGUUGCUCGCUCCGCCUAAGCCUAACGAGUCGCCGUUCCAAGACCCGUCCUCGAUCUCGCGGCGUCGCCAGGCUGGUCGGAAGCACCGCCGCACGUCGGCAGUCGUACCUCCGCGCUUGCCCGACGACCAGGAACCCGAAACGGCCCCGUUCGUAGCUGUUUCCGCUACUGAUGCGGCUGCGACUGAUCGCGUCCCCGGGCAGCCUGGCGCGCAGAGGCUGGGCGAAGGCCCCGUGAACCUCAGUGAAACGACGCCGAGUCAAGCGACGCCGUCGUCUGCGUCGACGUCGACGACGCAGACGACGUCGAAGGAAGAACCCGCCGAGUCGACUACGGGUAUGGCCGCGACUGUCGAUGCUCCUGUCUCGUCCGGGCGGAGACCGCACUCCGGAGGCACCUACGGAAGACCGCUCGACGAAGGACCGGUGCCAGGUGCUCCUGACAACGGUGGUACUCUCGCCAAACCGGUACGGAGCUCAAGUGCACCUGUGCCGUCCACCUCGAAGGAACCAGCAGAUACCGCGGAGGCGUCAGCGAGGACGGUCUCCGCACAGCCUCCGCGUUCCACGUUGAGCCGUGCCACCCUGGGGUUCACUUCAGCGCGUGGCAGUCACGAUAUCAGCGCUGGUCCAAGAAGGCUUACCAAGCUGCAGCCACGGCUCGAAGACCUGCUGGAGGUGCCGCCUGAGACUGGGAAACAGGAUGCCGUCCGGCCGUGGACAAACAGAAUCCUUCUUUCGGUCGCGGCGCUCUUGGUGGUCAUUCUGACCUUGGUGGUGUUCGCUCUCUACCGAGUGCGCAAAGUAAACGGCGAGGAACAUGACUUGUGCAGCACGCUGGACUGUCUCGAGCACGUCCGAGCGCUCAACAUCGACACCGGACGCAGUCCACCGCCUUGCGAAGAUUUCGCUGGCUUCAUCUGCCCCGGCUGGACGGACACCUAUCGUCACGUCAAUGGCUCCGUAAGAGAGCAAGUCGUUCUCGAGUGGAUCGCGACCAUCGAAAAGUUGAGCCUCAGCGACUUCGACCGGCAGGCCGUGAUCAACAGACCCCUCAGCAUGAUGCGAAAGUGUAUGGCCACGGCCGCCGACGGAGACAACGCCGUGAGGAUGAUGAUAGCCUUCGUAAGCGAACGCAGCUUCGCCUGGCCCACGCAAAACGACACGGAGAUAAUCGUAGACUACGGCCGAGCCUUGAAGGUGAUCCUGGAACUGUCCGUCGUCUGGGCACUGCCUCUGUGGUUUCGUGUCCGCUUGCUCCCGGCGGCGGCUUCGGCGCAUCUUCAGCGAGAUCGGGCAAUCGUCCUGAGUCCGUCGACGCCGCCGCUACUCUGGCACUUUAUCCAUCAGGCGAUAUCCAAAUACGAAGACGCUUAUUCCAUCUACACGGGCUUCUUCAUGAACACGCUAUUCGAGCUCAGACCUUUGUCGGAGUCCUUCGCGAUCUUCUUGAAGAAUAGAAGCGCCGCCGUACAGGCACAAGUCUUUCGUGAGCUAACGGCCGCGUUCUACGCUCCCAACUCCCACCCCAGGCUCGUGGAAAUUAGAACCCUGCCGAAGCUGGUGAGGGAAUUGAACGCGAACGACUGGGUAAGAGCGCUUGGAUCCGUGUACGGCGUCGGGGCGAACAUCACCGCCAGUGACCUUGUCUUGGCUACGAACGACGGCCUCAUCAAAGCCACGCGCGCCAUUUUCUCCUCGAACACCGCGCAAGACAUCUUCUUUCACACGAUCUGGUGGUUCGUGCAAUCCGUCGGCGCCACGGUAAACAAUAGGCUGCUUGUCUCGAUGGGCAGUAUUCCGGAAGGUGCGUACUUUAGGCGACUUCUUUGCUUCGGCGAGGUGGACGCGACCUACAACGCCCUUCUUGCGUCCAUCAACAAAGCAAUGCUGUCGACGAGCGAGCGGCUCGCCAUCACCAGCCGGCUGGACAAGAUCCGGUCAGUCGCCGUCGAGAAACUGCGCGCGUAUUCCAAGCUCAGCGCCGAGACUAGGCAAGCGCUCGCUGCAGCCGUUGAAAGUAUGUCGACUGUCAUCUGGCCCGAGGACGACUUUGGAAGACCGGGCGGCUUUGAGCAGUACUACGGCGAACCGUACCGAUCGGGAGAGGGCGGCUUUUACGGCGAGUGGGAAUGGAGCCGCUGGCAGAUGUACAACCGGAGUGCCAAGGCGGCCGGCGGAGAGUACUACGUGGCCGCUUCGGAAGCCUUCUCGAUUGAGGCGCCGACGCUGACCACGUACAAUCCCGUGCGGAACGUGAUUUCCAUCGGUGUCGCCGCCCUUAGUCCGCCGUUUUACUACCGCGAUGCCACGAGCGCCGUGUUCUACGCUGGCCUCGGGUUUCUCUACGCGGACGGAAUCUUCAGGGCUGUCAACGCUAUGGCGCACCUCUUAAACGGGAGCGGCUCGAUGAACCCAACGGACUCUGCGGUGACGACGUCGGAGUUCCAGAACGCCUCGUGUUGUGCCGACAGCAGCGAAGACUCGAUAACGUUUCCGCAUCUAUCCGCGCUGGAUGUCGCCUACACGGCGUACACGCGGUUCAGAGACGAGGCCUCGGACCUCCGCCUGAAAGGGCUGCCCCAAUAUAGCCCCGCGCAAGUCUUUUUUGCCACCUUCUGCCACUGCACUUGCUGGACGAACGACUUGAAGAAAAAGUACUCCUUGGUGUGCUACAAUGCGGUGAAAAAUUUCGAUCCGUUCGCGCAGGCGUUUUCCUGUCCCGCCUGAUCUGUCUCGGCCGACAGAACUUGCGCGUACGAGCGUAGACGGAGACUGGAUUGACGUGCGAGUACCUCCUCGUGUAGAGCCGUUUGCGAGAGGCGGGAACUGUAAAGUGAGACACUGCGCACGAAAUGGUUGCUGACAGACUUACGCUCUUCUACUGUUUGCUUUAUUCACGUUGGGUCUUGUCAGUGUUUAGUACUGCUUUUCUUGAUUUCUCUUGUUUUGCCUUUGUUUCGAACUUCCUCUUUUGUUUCCGCCAGCGCCCUUGGUAGCCAAGCUGAGGCCCUUGCUUGGAUGCAACUGAAUUCGUGUGCGUAACCUCGCUUUGUAUUUAAGCAUUAUUCUCCAACCGCCGAGCUUAGCCUUUUGUAGAAGCGCGCUCUGAUUUAUUGCAGCACAGGGUUCGCACUUGUCUGAAGUUCGGCGAGACCUACCUCGGCCUUAACAGCAGCGAUACCGUUCAGGAUCCUGCAUUGGCUUUUGGUGAAGCCCAAUGGUUUUCUUUUGUUUUAAUUAUAUAGUUUAUGGCUUUCAGACUAUGGGAUAUUUAGUCUGAGAGCGCUAUAUUACCCUGGC